GGAUAAUGGAUGUGGGUUGGGAUCAACCCGACCCGAAUAAGGGAACCUGGGUUUGGUGUCCGGAUCUCCUUUGCUUUAUCUACCUACGUUCGUUAUUAGCUUGAAACAACGGGCGCCAUGAAAGAUGAGGAGAUGAAUUUAGCUAAACCGGCGCACGGAAUUUCAUGAUGAUUAUCGUGUUCCUAUGCCAUGCGAGGGAAUUUCAAUGCUGCCAUCGACAUCACAACCGUUUUUUGCCAUUACUGCGCCGGACGGAGGACCUGCGGUUGGGGGGAAAUGUCGUCGGGAUGCAAAUGUUUUUGUUGGAGCAGAGUCGCCGAUUACGUGCGUCCUUGUUCGGAAUACUUCACUCUGCCCGACGCGAUCCCGCAAUGGCCGCAAGGUUCUGGAUUUGCUACCUCUAGGAUUAAGUUAGGGGCAAUAGAAGUUUGCCAAAUAACUAAGUUUGAGUUCAUCUGGGGCUACAACUUAUCCAUGGAUGGCAAAAAUGGUGUUAGCUUCUACAAGCCUGAUGGCAUUCCUGAUGGAUUCUUCUGCCUCGGCCACUACUGCCAAUCCAACGAAAAGCCGUUAUGCGGAUACGUUCUUGUUGCCCGUGAUGUCGACAUUCAAGAAGACUGCUGCACCCCAGCCCUGUCGAAUCCGGUGGAUUAUUCGUUAGUGUGGAGUUCAGAGGAGGGAGGCGAAGAGAGCUUCGACGGAUGUGGUUACUUCUGGCUUCCCCAACCUCCGGAGGGCUACAGAGCAACGGGAUUUCUUGUAGGCAACAAUCCGAAGAAGCCCGACUUGAAUGAGAUCAAAUGUGUUCGCGCUGAUCUAACCGAUCCCUGCAAAGUUCAGAGCCAGAUAUUAUGCACACAUUCGAAGCUUUCAAAGGCGCCGCUCAUUGUUUGCACUACAAAGCCUCUGCACGCCGGAAUGCAGGGGAGAGGCGUUAGUGUCGGGACUUUUAAUUGCAGCAGCAGCAAAGGGUUGAUAGACAACGAGCCGAAUGUCGUGUGCUUGAAGAACUUAGAUCAUUCCCUACACGCAAUGCCGAACAUGGAUCAGAUUCACGCACUCGUCAGCCAUUACGGGCCUACCAUUUUCUUCCAUCCAGCUGAGGUUUAUCUCGCAUCCUCUGUUUCUUGGUUCUUCCAGAACGGCGCGCUUCUGUACAGCGCCAGUAACUCGGCAGGCGAGGCUAUCGAUGCUGAAGGCUCGAAUCUCCCGACAGGAGGCACCAACGACGGGAAGUAUUGGCUAGACUUACCCUCGGAUAAUCGAAGAGCGAAGGUUAAACAUGGAAACUUAGAAAGCGCGAAACUAUACGUACAUGUGAAACCAGCUAUAGGCGGAGCUUUUACAGACGUUGUAUUGUGGAUCUUCGCCCCCUUCAACGGGCCGGGAACUCUCAAGUUAGGCACGAUGAACAUCGCCUUUACCAAAGUCGGCCAGCACGUCGGCGAUUGGGAACAUGUGACUCUUCGGAUAAGUAACUUCACCGGCGAGCUAUGGAGUAUGUAUUUCUCGCAGCACAGCAGCGGCGAAUGGGUGAACGUGACCGAUUUGGAGUUCAUCAAAGGUAACAAGCCAACCGUUUACGCGUCGAGAAACGGUCACGCGAACUUUCCUCAUCCCGGCGACCAUAUCCAGGGCUCUCCGAAGCUUGGGAUUGGCGUUAGGAACGACGCGGCGCACAGUAACUACUCGAUCGACUCGAGCAACAAAUAUGAAAUCGUCGCGGCUGAGUAUCUCGGCGACGGCGCUGUCGACGAGCCAGUGUGGCUACAAUAUAUGCGGGAAUGGGGUCCGAAAGUCGUCUACGGGUCCAAGACUGAGCUGGAUAGAAUCAUCAACAGUUUGCCAUUGAUGGUUAGAUGCUCCCUGGAGAACAUUCUUGGGAAGCUGCCAUUGGAGCUGUAUGGAGAGAGAGGUCCUACGGGGCCUAAGGAGAAAGAUAACUGGAUCGGAGACGAACGAUCGUGACCGUCCAUCGGUGUAUAUUCUUGAAGAUCAUCUUCAUUCCAUCCAACGGCUGUAAGCCACCGGAGAGCGUCUCCCUGGAUUGCGAAGACAUUGGUAACGUAUGUUUUCCGCUUUAUGGGUUAGAGAGGGCUUCACUGUAAAUAGUUAACUAACAUUGUAUUGAUGAUUAUUUGAUUUUAGAUUUAGCUACUAUAUAUAUAUAUAUCGAAUUGAUU